UCUGCCGGGAGAGGGGGCGGAGGCUGCGUCGCGCUUCGCUCUGCCGCUCAAUAGCUGCCGCGGCAUGAACGGCGGAGCCCCGGGGGCUGGCAGCGGGGACGGGUCCCGCAGGGACUGCCUGCGGACCUACCCGGUGCUGCCAGUGUGGGUGGUGGAGGACCAUCAGGACGUGCUGCCUUUCAUCUAUCGGGCCAUUGGUUCAAAGCAUCUUCCUGCCAGCAACAUCAGCUUUGUUCAUCUUGAUUCCCAUCCAGACCUUCUCAUUCCUGUGAAUAUGCCUGCAGACACUGUAUUUGACAAAGAAGCUCUUUUUAAUGAAUUAAGUAUUGAGAACUGGAUAAUGCCUGCUGUUUAUGCUGGCCAUAUUUCUCAAGUACUAUGGCUUCACCCACCCUGGGCUCAGCAGAUCUCAGAAGGCAAACAUCAAUUUUUAAUUGGGAAAGAUGUAUCAACAACUACAAUCAGGGUUACAGGUACAGAUCAUUACUUUUUAAGUGAUGGUCUUUAUGUCCCUGCUGACCAGCUAGAAAACCAGAAGCCUUUAAAUUUACAUGUCAUUCUCAUCAGUCCUACUGAAACAUCAAACAGACAGGAAGAAAAUGGUGAAGUAGCAGCUGCUAAGAGAUUGAAGCUAAAUACGGGUGACGCAGCAAACAUCGCUUCUGCCUCUUCAUCAGUGGCUCCUGGUAACCUCGAUCACAGCACUCCGAGUCUGAAGAAAAAGGAAGUACAAAAUGCAAGUGGCCUAAACAAGGCAGAAACAUUGUCAGAGUGCCCAGCUUCAAGCUGUCUCAGAAACAAUGAAUGCCCAGUAAGGGGAGUUAUUAAAGAUAUCUGCCAAGUACUGCAGAAAGGUGACCCAUAUGUUUUAGACAUCGACUUAGAUUUCUUUUCAGUUAAAAACCCUUUCAAAGAAAUGUACACACAGACAGAAUAUGAGCUUUUGCAAGAGUUGUACAAUUUCAAGAAGCCUGAGAGAAAUGCAACAGAGGAGAGCUUGCUGGAUUGUGUAGAAAGCCGUGUUCAUCAGCUGGAAGAUUUGGAAGCAGCAUUUGCAGAUUUGUGUGACAAUGACGAUGAAGAGACCCUACAGAAGUGGGCUUCCUAUCCUGGAAUGAAGCCACUUGUUCAACUAGUUCACAGUUUGAAAAGCAGGAUGGAAAGCCCAGACUAUGAAAUGGUCCAUCAGGCUGGGCUGACCUGUGAUUAUAUGGAGCUUCCUCACCAUGUUAGCACUGAAGAGGAGAUGGAAGGCCUCAUACAGUCCAUUAAAGUUCUACUAAAAGAUCUGCCGAAGCCCACACUUGUGACAGUUGCUCGAUCGAGUUUGGAUGACUAUUGCCCUCCAGAGCAGGUUGACAUCAUUCAAGAGAAGGUUCUCAAUUUACUGGGUUCAGUGUAUGGCACUCUGGAUGUGCACUUAGAUUACUUGAGCACCUCACCUUCUUUGUGACCUUUCUUUAUGCAUUGCCCUUUAAUGCAGUGGAUUCAUUUAAAUUGCGUAUUAGCUCUGGCUGCAAGAGGAAAAAUGCUGCUCUUUCAGCAGCAGGUGGCACUACAACCCAGGCUGACCAAGAGCUAGACUUCAGUGGUAUUGCUUUUUUCAACUCAAGCUGCAUAUGAACUGUUGUCACUUCAGCUUUCUUCAAACUAGUUUUGUGACUAAUGCUUUCACUGUCUUGCUUGAUUUUAAAAUUAGUGCAAGAGAAAGUAAUUAUUUUUUUGUCCAUAAAAUGUACUUUUUUUCCACCUUUUGUUUGUGUUUUAAGGUUUAGUCUGUUUGAUUUGUUUUGGGUUUUACCUGUAAGACAAUAAAAUCUAAAAAUAGAUGGAAACAUGUAAUUAAAUAUCAUUUCUAUUUACAAACCAUUGCAUUAACAUUGCUUUAUUUUGCCUUAGAGUAUUUCACUGAUGACUCAAAUAAUAAUCCUAAUGUGUAGACAUUGACUUGGUACCUUCAUUUUUAUGUGGUUUGAGGAUAAAAAGUAUGCAUGCAUAUGCAUGCUUAUAUUUGUUGAAUUCUGCAAGAAGUUGAAUUGAUCUUUUCUUCAUAAAAAAGUAUUAACUUCACUGAAGUCAGCAGCAAAACCUUCUCUCUCAGGCUUUCCCUUACUUCAGUCUCAUUAUUUGGAUAAUAACACUUUUAGAGCCACUGAACAGAGAAAGUAAUCUGGAUCUGGAAAAAACAGCCACUUUCAGAGGUUAAAAAAAACCCCACACCACCACAUAGGAUCUGAGAGUGAAACUGAAAUGAGAAAGAGAAAAUACCACCUAAAAAAUUCUUUUAAGUUUUGCUUGUAAUUAAUUUGUUAAUACUAGGAUUUGCUCUACAAAGACUUUGUGCACUUACAAAUUUCUACCUCUUUGGUUAAGAUAAAGGCCAAUAUUGUAAAUACAUAAUUAUUUAAAAAUAUUUAUUCCAGUAAAAUAAAUUCUGUGACCUGUUUGCUUUGU